AUGUUGCAUAUCCCACAGCACCCGUUCUCGGACGACGAAAGGAGUAUGCUCUCUAGCAUGCCCUCUUCGGAUGCGCUCAAGUGGAUCGCAGACAGGCGGUGCGAGAUCAUGAAGCACUUGGGCGAACUCGAUCUCAUACAUAACUUGUGCAUUCCUAUCAACCGACUUCCAGAUGAUGUCCUCAGAGAAUUAUUCCAGUGCGUACAGGGAUUAUCUUCCCGUCAUUCAUGGAUCACAGUCGCUCUUGUAUGCCGUCGGUGGCGCGGUGUCGCCAUGACCUCCCCCACGCUGUGGAAUCGGCUCGAUUUUGGAGAUGAUUUGCAGCUCGUACGGCACUGCAUCGAACGCUCUGCGAACGCACGCCUCGACAUCCAUAUCCCUAACAAGUUCCUCGACAGAGUCCAGGAUUCCGCGGCCGUGCUGCUUGACGUCCUAUUGCCCCAUGCCCAUCGCAUUCGCCGCUUUAACGCCGACCUCCAUACGGGGCAGAUCUUCCAGACAAUAUUCGACAAUUUCUCCAUGCCCAAUUUGGAAUGUCUGCUUCUCAAGCGUCCUUGGGCGCAAUUUUAUCCUGCAAUAGUGCCCAUGGAUAUCCGUUGGAAGCUUACGUCGCUCACACUCACCUGUGUCAGCACGGACUGGAACCCACCCGCCUUUGCGAAUCUACAAGAGCUAUCGCUCACAGCACUCCAUGACGGAAUAUAUCACAAUCCAACGAUGGACACAUUUUUGGACGUGUUGGAAUUCUGUCGGAAUCUCCGUAUUUUGCACUUGAGGAAUGCUGGGCCGGAUAUUGAGAGCCUCAGCGCGUAUCCCAAGCCCACUCGAAUCGUUACCCUCCCGUUGUUGGAACUCCUGACUUUCGACGGUGUCCCAAUUAAUUGCUCGCACCUGCUAGAUCAUGUCGCGCUGCCACUGAGCGUGCGCCUUGACAUAUCGAUAUAUUGGGUAGGCAACGCGAAUUUCGAGGGCGACUAUGUCCCUAUCGUGUCUGGGCUGCUUUCCCGCCAUCGACCUUGGCUAUUUGAUACGGAGAGUGUCAACAGAAUCGAUGUAGACCUGACAUUGCUUCUCGGACAAGGCGUGUUCAACUUCAGGGUCCUCAACCCACAGGGGUCCAUCGUGUUCUCAGUGGACCUCCUCUACUCUGACUUCAGAUUCGAAGGGCCGACGGCGGAGAAGCCGGGCCUCCUCCGCCAUCUCCUGCGAGACCUUGCCUUCAUGUUUUCCACAUGCCCGGUCCGCGCCCUCAUCUUGAAGUUUCCGACGGACCCGGUCGGAGAGGAUGAUUGGCGGCUCAUCCUGCGCAGCAUGCCCCAUUUAGAGCGCCUCGACGUCUGGCUUGACAAGGCCGCCACGGACGCACUUUUGAUGGUCCUCAACGCGGGCUGCGCGUCGGGGGACGAGGGGAAUGCACCGCUUCCGGCGUGCGUGGGUAUUAAAGACCUGCAUUAUCACGAUGAUCCGUUCUCCUCCGAGGAUCUCUUGGUCUCGUACCUUGCUCGUCGCGCCGCCGUUGGGCAUCGUCUGCGCAGGCUUGACGUCCGGCUGUCGGUUUACCUCAGCUCCAUCAGCGACCUGACUGAGAGACUCCGCUCGCUCGUCGACGAGCUAUGUCUGCGAUGA